CCACGAGUGUGUUCAUCGAGCUAACAGAGGAAAUAGCGCCACCUCCUGGACAUUCACAGAAUUACUCUGAACACAGACGGGUGUUUGGUGUCAAGACUCGAGACGGACAGACAUCUGCUGAUCAUUCAUUUAAUCUCAGCGCACUCUGCGUAUGAGGGGGUGACUGGUUCUUUAGUUUUGUAAAGUAACUCAGAAGAGUAUAAAACUAAGCUAUUCAAUCUCCUCGGCAGUUGAGUAUAUUAGACAAGAGCGGCUCUGCAGCAGCCCUCGUGUUAAUGACCAUAAAAUGAACACCUCUCUUUCUUCUGCUUAGAAAUAAUGAGCUUUCAGCGCUGGAGCUGAGCGGAAACCCCUCCCGAGUCCCAAACUCAACUCCUCCAACCCCAGUCAAAGAAAAGAGGAAUACCGAGGAAUCAGGAAACACGGACAAAUACCACAAUACACCUUUACACAGUAACAAUGCAGACCUGAGCAGCACCCCCCACUGAUCGAGAGAUAGAGAGAGCACGUGCCUUGCGAGCAAGAUGGGGUUCGGCCGGGACCUGCGCAACUCCCACGAGGGUCUGGUGAAGCUGCAGGACUGGGAGCUGAAGCUGCUGGAGACGGUGAAGCGCUUCAUGACCCUGCGGGUGAAGAGCGAUAAGGAAUAUGCAUCGCUCCUGCUCAACAUCAGUCAGCAGGUGGACAAGCAUGACAACAACUCUCAGAUCCACUACGUCAGUACGGUCUCCAAGUCGUGGACUCACAUGGUUCAGCAGACGGAGCAGUUAAGCAAGAUUAUGAAGUGCCACGCUGAAGAACUCAACUCAGGGCCUCUCCACCGCCUCACAAUGAUGAUAAAAGACAAGCAGCAGGUGAAGAAGAGUUACCAAAGCCUCCACCAGCAGAUCGAGUCUGAGAUGCACAAGGUAACUAAAAACGAUCUUGAGAAGUUGAAAUGCACCUACAGGCAGUUAACAAAGGAUGCUGUUUUAGCAAGAGACAAAUACAAGGAGGCUGUUAUAAAAGGCAAAGAGACUGAAAAAGCCCGCGAGCGAUAUGACAAAGCCACCACAAAGCUGCAUAACCUGCACAACCAGUAUGUGCUAGCGGUGAAAAGCGCACAGCUGCAUCAGGAGCACUAUCAUGAGACUGCACUGCCUCUGCUGCUGGACUCCCUGCAGAAGAUGCAGGAGGAGAUGAUCAAUGCACUUAAGGGGAUUCUGGAGGAGUACAGUGAAAUCACCAGCCUGUUAACAGAUGAAAUAGUGAAGGUCCACAAAGAAAUACACACCUCCAUCGACCAAAUCGAUCCACUGUCAGAGUAUGACAGCUUUAUCGACGUUUAUAAAUCACCAGAAGCCAAAGAACCAAUUGUAGAAUUUGAUGCAGCGCUAUUAGAAGAAACUGAGAAUCUUCAAGCAAAUGAGAUUCUGUGGAAUAAUUUGACAGCAGACAGUUUACAGGCAAUGCUGAAGUCCACCUCAGAGGAUCUGCUCCUAACACAGCAGAGUCUGCGCAGCAAAGAGGACCUCAUGCUGGACCUGGAGAACAAACUCGAGGAAUCUACCAAAACCUUUGAGAAGAAAUCAGAUGUGGUGUUGUUACUCAGUCAGAAGCAGUCUCUGGAGGAGUUGAGACAGACGGUCCAGCUGCUGCGCUGUUCCGAGGCCAAACUCAUGGCACAGAGGGAACUACUAGAACAGAAGAUGCAAGAGAACGAGGGCAAAGAACCACCGCCUGUUGUCAAUUAUGAAGAGGAUGCCCGCUCAGUCAACUCAAUGGAUAAAAGCAAAGACAAGGUAUCGAAGUUUGACACCCUCAGACACUCCAUCGCUGGAAUCAUCCGCUCGCCCAAGUCUGUACUGGGCUCUUCAUCAUUUUUUGAUGUGAUACCCACUAGUGAGAAACCGCUGAGCGAGCAAGAGUGGUAUCACGGUGCCAUUCCCAGGACAGAGGCCCAGGAGCUGCUGAAGCAGCAGGGAGACUUCCUGGUGCGCGAGAGCCACGGCAAACCUGGAGAAUAUGUGCUGUCUGUGUUCUCAGAUGGACAGCGCAGACAUUUCAUCAUUCAGUUUGCUGAUAAUCAGUACAGAUUUGAAGGCACUGGCUUCCCCACCAUCCCACAGCUCAUAGAGCAUCAUUACACAACUAAGCAAGUCAUCACCAAGAAAUCUGGGGUCGUGCUCCUGAACCCUGUCAUAAAGGAUAAGAAAUGGAUUCUCAAUCAUGAGGACGUCAUUCUUGGAGAACUCCUUGGGAAAGGAAAUUUUGGUGAGGUUUUCAGAGGAACGCUGCGAGAUAAAACCCUGGUGGCCGUGAAAACUUGUAAGGAAGAUCUACCACAAGACCUCAAGAUAAAGUUCCUCUCAGAAGCCAGGAUCCUGAAGCAGUACGAUCACCCCAACAUUGUGAAGUUAAUAGGCGUCUGUACCCAACGGCAGCCCAUUUACAUAGUAAUGGAGCUCGUACCAGGCGGGGACUUUUUAUCAUUCUUAAGAAAGAAAAAAGAGGACCUCAAGACAAAGCAACUGGUAAAGUUUGCAUUAGACGCUGCUGCCGGAAUGGCAUACCUGGAGCUGAAGAACUGUAUACACAGAGAUCUGGCUGCUCGCAACUGCCUUGUGGGAGAGAACAAUGUGCUGAAGAUCAGUGAUUUUGGGAUGUCCCGCCAGGAGGACAAUGGCAUCUACUCCUCAUCAGGACUGAAACAGAUCCCAAUCAAGUGGACUGCACCGGAAGCACUGAACUAUGGGAGAUACAGCUCAGAGAGUGAUGUGUGGAGUUAUGGGAUCCUCCUGUGGGAAACCUUCAGUCUAGGAGUGUGCCCACACCCGCACAACAAAAAACAACACUCUAGAAAACAUCUAAAAAAAGGUUACAGAAUGUCCUGCCCGCAGAAGUGUCCAGAUGAGGUGUACAGGAUCAUGCAGAGAUGUUGGGAGUACAAGCCUGAGAAUCGACCCAAAUUUGUCGACAUUCAGAAAGAACUGGCCUCGGUCAAGAAAAAAUAGCCUUUAAUGAGGCCAAACUCAUACUUCACAUCCAGGUGAUCCCUAAUCUGCAGAGAGAAACACAACGAAUGUUUCACCCUCCAAAUGACAUGCAAUUACUGUGUGAACUGCCUAUGCACCAGCUGUUUUGAGCCAUUAGCAUGGAGAGAGAGGUCUCAGCUUUGCUCUGAUGUCAAAAUUAUGCAGAUUUCCCCCAUUUUUUUGGUAACUGAGCAACAGUUAAGCUACGACAGACAGCACAUAAGAUGUAUUAAGUGUAUUCAGUAUGCCAUUGAGUAUUCCUGUGUACUCACAAGUGAAAAAGAGGGGGUUGUUCACCCAAAAAUGAAAUUCUGUCAUCAUUUGCUCACCCUUAUGUUGUUCCAAACCUGCAGAACUUUUCUUUCUUCUCUAGAACACACACACACACAAAAAACAUUUUGAAAAGUGUUUUUGGUCCAAUCAGUAAGGGUUUGUUGGGUCCAAUGUUGUUUUAUACUCGUUUCACAUUCUUCAAAAUAUCAUUUUUUGUGUUCUCCAGAGGAAAGAAAAAGUCAUGCUGGUUUGGAAGAACGUGGGUGAAUAAAUGAUGACAAUGUUCAUUUUUGGGGAACUAUCCCUUUAAACAUGGAAAUGAAUGUGUGAAGAUGGACUGUUUGUCCACCCAAUGACAAUAUUGCUUUUUCUUUUUUUAAAAGUCCUAAAACCUAAUGGUUCGGGGAGUUUUAUAGUCAAGCCAUUUUAUGCCAUUUUUAUGUUACUGGAGUAAUAGGACCUUUUUGUGGGGAAAAAAAUACAGGUGUUUGUCAGUCACACAUAAUAACAUCACAUCCUUAAGACGUUCACUGAGUGAUAUUCCAGCGUUUCAGCACUCCUCAAGCAAUGAGACCAAAUGCAUAGAUUUACCUAAGUGCAAUUUAUAACAACAAAAAUAGUAUACUGCAGUCAGGUGGCAUUCUGCCAGGCUGCUUUGUAUGGACACUGCAUCAAUCUACAGUUUACAAGCUCUCCAAAUACUUCAACCUCACACCUCUUCAUGGUAAAAGUCAUAUUCGAUGUUUAAAGUCAUAGUUCAGAAUAAAAAAAAAAAGUCAACUGUCAUAAUUUGCUCAUUCCCAUGCCUUUCUGAUUGCUUCAUGAUUUUCGUUUCUUCUGUAGAACACAAAAGAAGAAAUUUACUAUAAUGUUCCUGCUGCUCUUUUCCAUACUGCAAAAGAAAAUGGUUACCGGAGCCCUUGCGCUUCAAAAAGCACCAGAAAAUAUCAUAAAAGUGGACUAUAUGACUUUUGCAGUAUAUUUCAGAUCUGCUGAGGACACAAAUUGCCGUUCACUGAAAAUCUCUCACUCCACUGUAGCUUUCAGUUCUUGUUUGUGGUUUGUACAUAUAUAUAGAUAAGUAAUGUGAAGGUACGACAACACGUUUAAGGAUACCCAAAUCCCAUUCAUUGUCACAAGCAAAUAUCAAAUGAAAAGAUUCUGUCACACAGAGCGAAAAAAGUCAAAUAGACAGCUUUUCUGAUACUUUUAUGGUACUUUUUGUAGCUUGACAGUCCUAGUGACUUUCAAUGUAUGGAAAAGAGCAGAUUGCCUUCAAAACAUCAGAUAGAAACAAAGAAAAUCAUACAAAUUUUGACAGAAACGAUCUCUUUAUAUUUACAAUGUUGCCAUGUAGCAUAUUAGAAGUCACCAAAAGCUCUGUCCAAAACUGACUGUGUUUUAUGUUGUUGGUUUUUUUCUUCAGUAACCAGCAACCAAAGCCAGUCACAAGCAUGUUUAUUUGUAUCUAUGCCAUUGUCUUGGAUUGUGAUGUUCUUGUGCUAUUUUACGAUCAGGUUUUCUCAAGCAGACAACCCUUGACCUACACAAGUAUUCCAGGUUUGGUUAGACCGUGAUGUGUUUUGUAUUAAGAAUUUCCCAGGUAGUUUCCCGCCAUUUUUGUCAAGUGCCAUUUUCUUUCCAUGCAUAUGUACCCAAGCUCCACCGGAGCAACUUCUCGUUCCCGAGUCACAUAAAUUUGUCAUUCCAUUUCCACAAAAAUGGAAUAGUGGUUUCUUCAAGGUUUACUCUAUCAAAGCAUUGCUUUUGUAUUUUGUAAAUACUUUUUUGUAGAUUGAGUAAUGUAAUUUUGUAGGUGUUUGGUUUUUCACUGCAAAACUAAUGAUAUUAGAAUGUGGAUGUCUGUCAGGAAGAUGCGUCAACUUUCAGCUAUAAUAGUAGCGAUGAAGACCCAGAUCAAUACUGCUCUAAUAUUUGCACAUUUGGAAUAUGUAAAGAGGGUCCCAUAGCAUUGACUGUGCUUCUUUCUAGUCUGCAAAAUCUUUUUUUUUUUUCUUCACGUUGUUGCUAUCACGAAUGCAGCAAAAAGUCAACAGAGUUUGACAUGCAAUAAAAUGCAUGCGCCAGUCAUGCAAAACUGGUGACAAUUUACACAAAGCUACUGUAUAAUAGUUUGGAUUUGUAACCUUGCAUGAUUCGCCAGUGGGUUCAGAUCAAAAUUAUUAUUUUUAUCUUAUUUUUAUUUUUUUUGGUGAAGCUGAGCUUACAUCAAUUAAACUACUGGUGAGUGAGCUCUUCUGUUUUUUUUUUUAAACAUCAAAGCAAUUAUCCCUAUAGUGUGUUGUUUGAAAUAUUAUUCUAGCAUUUUAAUCUUUUGCUUUUUUUGUACCAUUCACUAUAAUUCCUACAGUCAAGUGUAUUAAAGCAAACGCCAGUAUUGUGUCUCACAUUAUAUUGAAAUCGGUGUUACUCCGAGACAUUAGAUGCCCUUUCCCAUGUCUGACUUGCACAGAGUGCUCAUGUAAACUUCCAUCAGAAAAAUGGCUUGUUUUGUUAGAGCAGCGAUUAGUCUUUUCAAAGUCCUUAACAAUAAGCCAAAGUUUCUGUUGUCAUUCGGAUUGGCAAUUCUUCCUUCCAUGUGCUGGACUAUUUAUUAUUGUGAUGGAAACACUUAAUGUAUUGAUUGCACUUUUGGCCUUUUUAUGCUUUAACAUGAUCUCCUAAUAUAAAACGGCAUAAAAUUGCUGUUUCAGGAAAUGAUCGUUCCAUGAACAAAAGUAGAAAAGCAACACUGGACUAAUGCUUUUAGAGAUUUUCACCCCUGCCGACUGAAAGAGGAAAUAUGAAAAGUGAAAUGGUUGACAUUUAGAAGGCUUGAUUCCUUGGUUUCCAUGUAGUUUUCUUUCAUCUGUCUGUGUUUGCUCAUAACACCUCUCUGAUGGACAUUCAACUAUAACGAUGUCUGCUCAUUGUUUAUAUUGUACACUUACAAUAAAGUUUGGAGUCUUUGAA